AUGACUAUUUCACAAUCCAAUACUAAAACAGCACAACCUCAUUUCCAGCGUCGGGCAGCAUGUGACCGCUGUCGUGCUCAAAAGCUCCGCUGUGUUCAAGAUACUCCAGGGACAUCGGCCAAGUGUAAACGUUGUGCGGCAGCAGGUACAACGUGCAACUUUGGCAUCCCAAAGCCUGCAGGUCGACCAUCCGCCAACCGAACAUGGACAGACCGGUCCCAUGACGAUGAAGCCACGAGGAGAAAAACGCCGAUGAGAGCCAGCAGCAGCAGCCAAACCGACUUUCUCGACGACAACUUGGCCCAAGGCACAAGGAAUACUGAUGAUGGUGACCAUUCAGGAGCAACAAGGACAGACGAGACAAUAGCGCCCCCAUGGUCAGCCGAAUGGUCACAGUCACAUAUAUCUUCAGUAAAUCCUCUGUUUGACGAAGCGAAUCUGCUGUCAAUAUCCCAAGGUGGAGGGGAUCUCAUCGGCCUCGAUGGUCCCAACCCAUCCACACCAUGGAGCCUUCCAUUGAACCAUUCGCCCCAAAUGGAAUUCCCCUGGGAAAGCCUACCCUCAAUUAACAACAACACCGAUACCCAGGAUCUUCCGUGUUCCACGGCGGGUCCUGACUCUGCAUUCAUACCAUCCAGCAUUCAGACCGCCCCCGAGACGGAACAUGACAUAGAUCAGCACGCAACAAUAGCCAAGAGCCCCAGAAAGCAUCUAGAGCCACAAGAUGCGGUAUCUGAUUCGCGUUCAGAUUAUGAGGUUAUUAUAGAGCGCAAAAAACCGGAGAUUGGUGGGCUAUCGCAGCAGGACUGCUGGAUGCAAAAGUUGUCACAGAUCAGCAUGGACCUAUACGAGCUAUCUACCACCAGCGAUGAAUUACACCGGGAAAUUGAAGAGACUGGCUGGUUAGAACAUUUCCCUCACCAGAUGGCUGGCCGUCUGACGGAACUGUCAACUGCCUUUUUGGAGUUGCUGCAAUAUUUCCAACAGUCCAAUGAUGAUCACCGCCAAGCGAUUAAGAACUCCUCAUCUCACAGCAUCUCAAUAUUUUCUUCCAACAAUUCCUCCUCCGACCUUAGUGACAAUGAGGCUGUACCCAUAAUCGAAAAUGUGCCCCCCAACCUCCGGCGAAAACCGAAAUCCCAGCCUCGGCCCGACUUACCUUGGAUGAACAUGACCACGGGCCUGCAACUGGUAGCCUGCUAUCUCCGUUUUCAUCAGCUCCAUAGUGUUUUGUAUACAGCCAUAUACAAUUAUAUUGCUGUCGACCAAUCAGACAGGACAAUGCUCGAUAUUCGCAGUCGCAACAGCAGCCGCAGUGACCAGGUUCAGAGACUAAAUUUCCUGGGUAAUCGUCCAACCAUCUUCCUUGGCCUUCAAAUUGGCGGCGUCUCAUUAGAACCGUUUCAUAACUUUCAGAUCAAAUUAGUGUUGCAAAUAAAUACGCAUCUAUUUGGAGAAAUUGAACGUGCCCUUGGCCUUCCUGAUGGCUAUCGUGUUAGUAAGAAGAGGAAGGAUGAAGGAUCUGGCAUUCUGGGAGGAAGCAUGUCACCACGGUUGGUCGAGAUGACCAUGCGAGACUAUGCCAGUGGUGAUGUUGAAACAGAGCUGGACACUUUGUCAACCACGAAGAAGAGGCUGGCCGCAUUGCGAGGAUUGCUGAAGGGGACGAUAGAUAUAUGA